AUCUUGUUCCUACACAUCUAAGCGCUGCAGCCGCAUCUUAAGCGCAGCCGCGCCACUUUUUCACUGGGGCACUGUCUAUAAUCUCUCAUCUCAUUCUCAAGUCAUACCAAAGCGCCACUCAUCUUCAUCCCACACACACUCACACCACCCACGAGCACAUCACGACCACAAACUCACAAUGGAGGACCUAUUCUCACUCCCCAUCUUCUUCAUCACCUUCCGCGAGUCCCUCGAAACCGCCAUCAUCGUGUCCGUCCUCCUCGCCUUCAUCAAGCGCACCCUCGCCACCAAAGAUGACCCCGUCCUCCACCAAAAGAUGGUCAAGCAGGUCUGGCUCGGCACCGCCGCCGGCCUCGUCACCUGCGUCAUCAUCGCCAUGGCCAUCAUCAGCGGCAUCCACUCCCUCGGCGCAGAACAGUUCGCCGCCGCAGAGAGCAUCUGGGAGGGCAUCUUCUCCCUCGGCGCCUCCCUCAUCAUCACCGCCAUGGGCGCCGUCCUCCUGCGCGUCACCAAGCUCCAGGACAAGUGGCGUCUGAAGCUGAGCAAGGCUUUGAACGCGAGCGAGUCCCACUCGGGUCCCUUCCGCGACCGGUUGAAGUACCUCGGCGAGAAGUACGCGCUGUUCUUGCUGCCUUUUAUUACUGUCCUGCGUGAGGGCUUCGAGGGCGUGCUCUUCAUUGCUGGUGUUGGUGUUAGCGAGACUGCUGCGUCUAUUGCUAUUUCGUCUAUCCUCGGCCUUGCGCUUGGUGCCUUUGUGGGCUACUUUAUCUACAAGGGUUCCAAGACGGCGCCGAUCCAAAUCUUCCUCAUCGUCUCGACCUGCUUCCUGUACCUCAUCGCCGCCGGUCUCUUCUCCAAGGGCGUCUGGCACUUUGAGCAAAACGAGGUAAGCAGCCCUCAUCCCCAACAGCAGUCACCGGUCAAUACUAACGCACAACUCAAGUGGAACAAGAUUGUCGGAGGUGACGCAGCAGAACUCGGCUCCGGCCCCGGCUCCUACGACGUCCGCAGAAGCGUCUGGCACGUCAACUGCUGCAACCCCGACCUCAACGGUGGCGGUUUCUGGGGCAUCUUCAACGCCGUCCUCGGCUGGCAGAACUCGGCCACCGUCGGCUCCGUCGUCUCUUACAACCUCUACUGGGUCGCCGUCGCCGCGGGCUUCUUCGCCAUGAUUUGCAACGAGAAGGGGUACUGGCCGUUCGCCGGCAAGGCCAAGAAGAUCGCCGACGAGCAUGAGGGCGACGACCAGGAGCCGCUUCUUAGCAGGCCCGCUCGGUAAGUGGAUUCGCCCCUCGCAGGACGAAGUUGCGAAACCUGAUGUGGGGUUUCGCAUCCCGACGACGCACCGAAAGAGGAGAUGUAGCUCCCAAAGGCGACCUAGUAUUUUGGAUCAUGUAUAAAGUGGUGAAGCCCGAAAGCGCCUUGGUAAAAAGAGAAAAUAGUUAUUUAUCCUUGCUAUAUAUUGUAUAUACGACCACUUAUGUAUCCAACCCUACAAAACGUUGAUCGCUCAGCCUAACCUGACAUUUCU